AUGAAUACUGUGUUCCCACAAUUAUCACACGGCAUGCAAGGUAACAUUUUCCAGUCCGUGCUACCACCAACUUCUCCUUCGUCUGCAUCCUCUGACUCUCUCAAGAGAAAGAGAUACUUGGAUGAUUUGGAUAUCUUGGAGCAAUCUAACAAGAGAUGCAAGACUGCUCCUCCAACACCUCCUUUAGCUGCUGUGUUCACCAGAGGAAGAUCAGCAUCCCCGGUGUCAUCGCAUGCAACUCUACUACCGCUCCCAGUUUCACCACUGAUGGGACAACCAUUAUCAUUAGCAACACCAAAGACUCCUUCUGCCACACUUGCUCAAGCACAGUUGGCCGAGCCAGUUCAGAUUAAGAAGGCGUCACCGGUGUUAUCCGUUCCAACUGUCAUUCCAGUUGGUUCCUCACCAUCGACUGUUAAGCUACCAUCAUUCAAAUACUUGACACAGAAUGAUAGAUAUUCCACCACAGGAUCUCUCUAUGCAAUGGAUUAUCCAGACACCUGUGUCAAUGAUGAUGAUUGGAGAUUGCACUUGGAGGUUUGGAUCGAGAGAAACUUCCCAGAGAUGUUCCACAAGCUGAAGAACUUCUUGAGAUACGACAAACCAGGCUUCGAACUGUUGAACGAUGCUAUCUUUCUCACAGAGCUGAAAGAGCAACUGGAAAAGGUGAAGAGAGUACCAUGCUUCAACUCAAAGAUUAGCAAGAAGAUGGUCACCAAGAAAGUCAACCCUUAUUACAAAUCGUUUUCUGACCACUCUGGUUCUGGGGAUAACAAACCAACGAUGACGCGCUGGACGCAAUCAUCGCCAAUUGCUCCCCAACCAGUGUUGGUGACAGAGCCAAAAUCUCCUCUUGAGAACAACUAUGUUUACUCAGUGCAAACACCAAUGAGCUCUCCAAUCUCCACCACCACUCAGCAGAUAUCUCCAAGCUCCAAGAGAUGGUCUGGCCAUCAUAAGUUGAACGAACAGGUGGUAUUGAAGACCAACGACUUCAUUCACACCCAAAACCAUAAGGGUCCAAACCAUUCUUACACGAUACAUCAUCACCACCAGAACAAGCGCAAGUGUAUAUCCUGUGGUUCAGACCAAUCACCCUGCUGGAGACCAUCGUGGUCAACUUCCGCUGGUCAGCUAUGUAAUUCAUGUGGACUCAGGUACAAGAAGACCGGUGCAAGAUGCAUCUCCAAGAGCUGCUGUCGUAUACCUGCAAAGGGAGAAUGGGCCACCAUGAAAGCCAGAGGUAAGAAAACGUUUACAAAGGAAGAUGGGUCUGUCGUACAGGCGUAUGCCUGUCUCAAUUGUAACGGAGAAGUGGAGGUUAAAGAUAAAUAA